GUUCCAAGUUAGCCACGUCUGAGGUGAUUGUUUUCUUAGACGCUCACUGUGAGUGCAAUCUAGGCUGGCUGGAGCCGCUGCUGUUUAGCUUGUCCGUAAACCCAAAGAAGGUGGUGAGUCCCUACAUCGACACCAUCAAAUCCGAGAACUUCCAGUACAAACAGUCCCCGAUGCUGCUGCGCGGCGGCUUCACUUGGAGGCUGGAAUUCGGAUGGAGAGCAGCCGCGGGUGGAACCAACUCACUGGAGGAAACCCAACCCAUUUUGACCCCAGUGAUCAGCGGAGGCCUCUUUGCUGUACGACGCGAUUACUUCAUGUCCCUGGGAACCUAUGACCCACAGCUCAAUAUCUGGGGAGGGGAGAACUUAGAGUUAUCUUUCAAAACCUGGAUGUGUGGUGGCAGUGUAGAAAUCCUACCUUGCUCCCGCGUUGGUCAUGUUUUUAGAUCUUCAUUACCAUACACAUUCACCGAAGGCAGGGAGAAGACAGUGCUAAGAAAUCUGGCACGAGUGGCUGGUGUAUGGAUGGACAGCUACGCGGAUAUAUUUUAUGCUGCUGUGAACCUUCCCAGUGAUCUGGACAUUGGUGAUAUAUCAGAAAGGAUACAGCUCCGUAAAAAUCUCAAGUGUAAAUCUUUCAAGUGGUACCUGGAUAAUGUGUUUCCAGAGAUUGAUGUUGUUUCUCCAGACACAGUAGUGUAUGGGCAG